UUCAGGCCUGAGGCACGAAAAAUACCACAUCACUUCGCAUCAGACGGCGACUCUGGGACCGUACGAGGGUAUGACGAGGUGCAACCAUCUUUGUCCGACUGGAGAAGCAGCCGGACAGCCAUUCUGUACACCUCAUGUGACCAGUUCAAGAAGGAGGCCCACUUCGGUGCGGUCCUAUGACACCAUACCAAGAUUGAAGCGAAUCCUUUCGACCUCAUGUCAAGCAACUGCGCCUUGUCGAGCUCACGUGCGAGGUAUAGCCGAAGGCAUCUCUUUUGGUCUAUCGAGCUGAGCUUCACAUAUAUGUCCAUCUGAGCUCAUGUGUUGCCAGCCAUUGCAUCUCCUCACAUCAAAGACCACACCGCGCGACCGCAUGAAACAUACCCGCCAGGAUGGACUCCAACAAAGAAGCACUACCCAGCUACUCUCCGCCCGCAACAGAAGUCACAGAACCUAUCCCAACAGCACCGCCACCAAAAUAUUCUCCUCUCAAGACAUUCGCCUUGACCAACACCGGCACCUUCACAACAAGGCACCUGGUGCUCAGCCAGAACGGCAAGCCCUUCCUCUGGGUCAACACCAGCUCUGGCUUCCUGGGACCUCCUCAGAUCAAUAUCCACACGAAGUCGGUGAAUGGUCCAAUCGUCGUCGCGACACGGCUGAGGAUGACGAGUUCGGGCUGCAGAGUCAAGUUGGGGAAUCCGGAUGCGGUGGGAAAAUGGCAUGAUGUCGAGAGUCAGAGUUUUGGUAGUAGUCAAUAUGGAUUCUCCUGGAAGGGAAAGAAUUAUGCGUGGAAGAGAACACACAGAACAGAACUCGGUGCUUCAGACUGGCGCAACGGCGACUACAAGCUCAUCGACAAGAGCUGUUCUGAGCGGGUGUUGGCGGUUUACAUCACGAAUCGGUCGUGGUUUAAUUCGACGGACAUUGCGAGGGUGGAGUUUAUGAUGGAGUUGGGGUUGGAGGUGGAGUUGAUUGCUUUUGCGGGCAUGCUGGGG